AUGGCUGAAUCCAGGGUCAUCACCUACGAGGAGCUCAAGGCGAACAACACAAAGGCGAGCCUGUAUGUCCUUAUCCACCAGAAGGUGUACAAUGUCGCAAAAUUCAUUGACGAGCACCCUGGAGGAGAUGAGGUGAUUCUCGCAGAAACCGAUGUUGCAGGCAAGGAUGCAACGGAGCCAUUUGAGGACGUUGGCCACUCGGAUGAGGCGCGUGCGAUCCUCAAGGACCUCUACGUUGGCGAGUUCGAAAAGAAUAGCACUCUCAAGACAAAGGGGGGAUACGACAGCAGCGCAUCUUCCAGCCAGGCCGUCAACACUGCAGUGCAACAAGGGUCAAAUCUGAUGUACUUUGUUCCUCUCGGGAUGCUCGGUGCCUACUUUGCGUGGCGGUACUACUCCAGCGGCACUGUCUAG